AAUGGAUGCUAGAGAGAGAAAAGCUUAAAUAGGAGAGAGAGAGAGAGAGAGAGAGAGAGAGACGGCAGUGGUCUCUUCUGCCUCAAUAGUCUAUCUAUACCUCUCCUCUCUCCGAAUUUCACCGCAGAUUCUGAACCCGCGAGAAGUUGCAUUAAGACCUCCAAAUGGCGGACCAAAAGAACAAGUGGAGCUGGGAUGUACCUGGAUUUGAGCCUAGGAGGCUGCUCGACCACGACGAUCAUAAGCCUGCCCCGCUUGUUCGUAGAUACUCGAUUUCUUCUUCUGCAGUUUCAUCUCAUUCUAAGCAAUUCAAUCGUGCCUUAGCAUCAAAGUUCCAGAAAUUACAGGAAAAACUUCAUCUUGCUAGAGAAGAUUAUUUAGAAUUGAAACAAGAAGCAAGUGAUCUACAGGAAUACUCGAACGCGAAGCUUGAUAGAGUGACACGCUAUUUAGGCGUUCUUGCAGAUAAAACACGUAAAUUAGAUCAGGCUGCAGUAGAAAGUGAAGCUCGAAUUUCUCCUCUGAUUUAUGAGAAGAAGAAGCUGUUCAAUGAUUUAUUGACUGCAAAAGGAAAUGUAAAGGUGUUCUGUCGUGCAAGACCAUUAUUUGAAGACGAAGGUUUAUCUAUUGUUGAAUUUUCUGAUGAUUGUACUAUCCGCAUCACAACUGCUGAUGAAAAUGUUACCAACCCAAAGAAAGAUUUUGAAUUUGACAAGGUUUAUGGGCCUCAUGUUGGACAAGCUGAGCUUUUCGGUGAUGUUCAGCCCUUUGUGCAGUCAGCUUUGGAUGGUUACAAUGUUUCCGUAUUCUCCUAUGGUCAAAGCAAAUCAGGAAAGACGUACACCUUGGAGGGAUCCAACCAUGAUCGCGGUUUAUAUGCUAGAUGCUUUGAGGAGUUGUUUGAUUUGUCCAACUCAGAUGCCACAUCUACAUCUCGCUAUAACUUUUCUGUGUCAAUCUUUGAGAUCUACAAUGAACUUAUCAAGGACCUGCUUACCGAAUCACGAACGACGCUGCCUAAAAUUCGUAUGGGGUCCCCAGAUUCUUUUGUAGAGCUUGUGCAAGAGAAGGUUGAUAACCCAUUGGAUUUUUUCUCAGUCCUAAAGCUAGGAUUUCAGCACAGGGGAAUUGAUACAUUGAAGUUUUCACAUCUGAUUAUCACCAUUCAUAUAUACUACAACAACCUCAUUACUGGAGAGAAUAUAUAUAGCAAGCUUUCCCUUGCUGACCUGGCUGGAAGUGUUAGUUUAACGGUUGAAAGUGAUAGCGAGGAGUGUGCCACAAACAUUUUACACGUCAUGAAAUCACUUUCAGCGCUGGGAGAUGUUUUGAAUUCUAUAACAUCCAAGAAAGAUUUAAUUCCUUAUGAGAACUCUAUGCUGACAAAUGUACUUGCAGACUCUCUAGGUGGAAGCUCAAAAGCCUUGAUGAUUGUUAAUGUGUGUCCAAACUUUUCAAAUUUGUCCGAGACAUUAUCAUCUCUCAACUUUUCUUCCAGAGCUCGGAAUGCAAUACCAAGUCUAGGAAGUCAAGAUACCAUCAUGAAAUGGAGAGAUGUUGCAAAUGAUGCACGCAAAGAAUUGUAUGAGAAAGAGAAGGAAAUCACUGAUCUGAAGCAAGAGGUUUUGGCUUUAAAACAUGCACUCAAAGUUGGGGAUGAUCAGUGUGUUAUGCUCUUCAAUGAACUACAAAAAGCAUGGAAAGUUUCUUUCACCCUGCAGUCAGAUUUAAAGUCGGAGAAUAUUAUGCUUUUGGAGAAACAUAAGCUAGAGAAUGAUCAAAAUGCUCAUCUGAGAAAUCAGGCUGCACAACUACUGCAGUUGGAACAAGACCAGAAGUUUCAGAUCCAACAGCGUGAUCUGACAAUUCAGACUUUGCAAGACAAACUUAGAAGCAUUGAGUUGCAACUCAAUGAAGCCUCUCAGGCAAAAAACCUUGUCCCAGAAUCAAGGUCCGUUGUUCAAGUCAACUCAAAAACAGCCGAGGAUGGCAUGGAAUCUCCAGCAGUUACAAAAAAACUUGAAGAAGAACUGUUAAAACGUGAUGCUCUGAUUGAGAGGCUACAUGAUGAAAAUGAAAAAUUGUUUGACCGGUUGACAGAAAAGGCAAAUUUAGCUGCAACAACUCAGGUGUCUAGUCCAUUGCCCAAUGCAACCCCAACCACUAUACAGGCUCAGGAUGUGGGAAGGAUUGAUGGAGAUAAUAAAGGAAGUUCUCUUCAUGGUUCUUCUUCACCUUUGGUCACUGAUAAAAAUGAAGGCACUGUUGCUUUGGUUAAAUCAGGUGCAGAGAAAAUCAAGUCAACCCCUGCUGGAGAAUAUCUUACUGCUGCUCUAAAUGAUUUUGAUCCUGAUGAAUAUGACAGCCUUGCUACCAUAUCUGAUGGAGCGAACAAACUUCUAAUGCUGGUCCUGGCAGCAGUCAUUAAAGCGGGUGCUUCACGAGAGCACGAAAUACUUGCUGAAAUACGAGAUGCCGUUUUCUCUUUCAUUCGUAAAAUGGAGCCAAAGAGGGUAAUGGACACCAUGCUUGUUUCUCGUGUUAGAAUCUUGUACAUCAGAUCACUGCUUGCAAGAUCACCAGAGCUUCAAUCAAUUAAGGUAUCACCUGUUGAACGAUUUCUAGAAAAAGGUAGUUCAGGACAAAGCAGAAAUUCCAGCCGAGGGAGCAGCCCUGGAAGAUCUCCAGUACGUUACGAAAACAGAAUCUCCACUGUUGACUACCAGAUUCAAGGCUUUAAAGUCAAUAUAAAGCCAGAAAAGAAAUCCAAGUUAUCUUCCGUGGUUCUAAAGAUUCGUGGGAUUGAUCAGGAAUCUUGGAGACAUCAUGUAACUGGAGGAAAACUGAGAGAAAUAACCGAGGAUGCUAGAAGUUUUUCAGUUGGAAACAAGGCACUUGCUGCUUUAUUUGUUCAUACUCCAGCUGGCGAGCUCCAGCGUCAAAUACGAGCUUGGCUUGCAGAGAAUUUCGAGUUCCUCUCCAUCUCGAGUGAUGAUGCUUUGGGUGGUACUACUGGCCAACUUGAGCUUCUUUCCACAGCAAUAAUGGAUGGAUGGAUGGCAGGACUUGGUACUGCAUUGUCCCCUAGUACCGAUGCACUUGGCCAACUUUUGGCCGAGUAUUCAAGACGCGUGUAUAGUUCACAGUUACAACACUUGAAGGACAUAGCAGGUACUUUGGCAACUGAAGAGGCUGAGGGCCCUGUACAAGUGGCUAAAUUGCGUUCAGCUCUUGAAUCUGUUGACCACAAGAGAAGAAAGAUACUGCAACAAAUGAGAAAUGACGUGCCAUUAUUAACACUGGAUGGCCACAGUUCUCCAAUACAGAAUCCAUCUACAGCAGCCGAAGAUGCACGCCUGGCUUCCUUAAUUUCGCUGGAUGGGAUGUUGAAGCAAAUAAAGGAUAUAACGAGACAAUCAUCUGUAAGCACCAUUGGGAGGAACAAGAAGACGACGUUGUUAGCAUCUUUAGACGAGCUUUCAGAAAGGAUGCCGUCUUUACUCGACAUUGACCAUCCAUCUGCUCAACGCCACAUUGCACAAGCUCGUCGUUUAGUUGAGUCGAUUCCAGAGAACGACGAGCCACUUCACGAGAUAUCAACUGGUGCUUCGAGAUCGUUUUCAGAUUCAGGAUCCAACAUAGAAACAGACGUAGCUCAGUGGAAUGUUCUUCAAUUCAACACGGGUUCAACAAGCCCUUUCAUCAUAAAAUGUGGAGCAAACUCAAACUCGGAGCUAGUGAUCAAAGCUGAUUCUAGGGUUCAAGAACCAAAAGGAGGUGAGAUAGUGAGAGUGGUUCCAAGACCAACAGUUUUUGAACACAUUAGCUUGGAAGAGAUGAAACAGAUAUUCUCUCAACUGCCAGAAGCUCUAAGCUUGCUGGCUCUGGCCAGAACCGAAGAUGGGACUCGGGCUCGCUUCUCUAGGCUGUAUAGAACUCUUGCCAUGAAGGUUCCCGCUUUACGUGACUUGGUUGGGGAACUUGAGAAGGGUGGAGCUUUGAGAGACGUGAAGACUUAGAGUUCUCAAAGCAAGCCACGGAAAAAGGAAAUUUAUUUUUUCUGUUUCGGAUUUGUAUUGUAUGUGUAUACAAAGACUUGUGUUAAUAUGAAUAUGUUGGUUUUUUAUUUUUUUAAUGUAUCAUAUUUGAUGCAUGGAUGGUAACAACACAUCUUAUGUUAUUUUAUACAAUGUUUUGUUUAUCAUAUUACAUUUUUAGUGCUAC